AAAUCCCGGAUUCCUCCGGCUCCCUCCAUCACCAAAGACGGGGCGGACCACCCCGGAGGGAGGAGUGUGCAGCCCUAAGAGAUUGUUCCGGACGUGGGACCGCCCCGCAGCGGCUCCCGCUGGCCAAAUAGGGAAGCGGAGCGUCCGGGAAUCGCCGCGCUUUGCUCCUCUAGACUUAGCGCCGAUUCGUAUGAAGAGGGCCCACCCCGGAUCUCAGCCAUAUUUUGGGGAGAGAGGUGAGAGGCGAUGGCAGCGGUAGAAUGUGGGAUUUUCUGAGUUCCUGGGGUUGAUCCUUCACUCAUCCGACCAUGAUGAAUCCUCACGAAGGCACGGCGCCCCUGGAGAAAUAUAAGCUGGUGGUCGUCGGGGGAGGCGGCGUGGGCAAGAGCGCUCUGACUAUUCAGUUCAUCCAGUCAUACUUUGUCUCUGACUAUGACCCCACAAUCGAGGAUUCCUACACAAAAAUCUGCAACAUUGAUGGCACCCAAACCCGCCUGGACAUUCUGGACACUGCAGGGCAGGAAGAGUUUGGAGCCAUGCGAGAACAGUAUAUGCGCACAGGGGAGGGUUUUCUCCUCAUCUACGCCAUCAAUGAUCAUGGCAGUUUCAACGAGAUCAACAAGUUCCACACGCAGAUACUUCGAGUGAAAGAUCGUGAUGAGUUUCCCAUGAUCCUUGUGGGCAAUAAGGCUGACUUGGACCUUCAUCGGCAGGUGCCCAAGGAGGAGGCCCUCAGCUUUGCCCGGGAGAAUCGGAUCCCAUACAUGGAGGCCUCAGCUAAAAUCCGUCUCAAUGUGGAUGAAUCUUUCCAUGAGCUGGUCAGAGCCAUCAGGAGGUUUCAUGAGCUGGAGUCCCCCCCGGCCCCAGCUGUCAACCCUAAGAAGAAAGAAACCAGAGGCUGUCCUUGUUCCAUUCUGUAAGCCACCCUCUCACACCAAGGUGCAAGUUCUGGAAGGGGAAGAAAAACUGCCCGGGCCUCCUCAGAGGAUACAGCUGGUUUUCUCCCUAGCUCAGACUAGCCCCUCCACUCCCCAUUGCAACAAGGACUGGCAAUGUGUAUUCUGCAGUUGUGUCUAAAUACCCCACUUCUCUUAUGUCGCAGAAGACCCUGCAAACUGGAAUGGGGCAGGAAGCAGGUAAACCAUAUCCCGCCCGACACCCCUUUGCCCUAAGGGCUAACACAAGUUUCACACGCUAAGGAGGGCAUCGUGGGAUACAAGCCUACGUACCCUACUUCACCAUCUUCAUCUGCUAAGUGCUACACACUUCCUUUGGAAGAAGGUCUCCCUCUCUGCCUAAGUAUAUAUGACAGGAUAAUUUUAAGAAAUGUGGGUUCAUGGGUGUAAAUUCGGAAGAGCUGGUCAGGUAUAAGAUCAUUUGGUUCUGUUGCCUGUCAGGGAGUGAGCAACCACACAAUCGUAGGAGAUCCACAUACUUCUCCACUAGAUCCAGUGAGCUUCUGCAGAUGCACAAAUAGACAUACAUGUUCAAAAACACAAUGCAUUCAGUGAGGGGUUGUAAUGACUUUCACAACUAUGUUUAUGCAUAGUUGUUCCCACCAAGAAGAAAAGGGAAAGUGUUACAGGCACAAAGUUAAAUCCUUCCUCCCUCCCUAAACCUGGCAUUGCCAGUUUUCUCUGGAAAAGGGGAGAAUUAAACACAAGCUCCACUUUUCAUGAAGAGCAGUAAAGUGGAGAUGAUCUGGAAGACAAGCCCAUCCCCAUCCCACUUUCUUGGGCAGAAGAACAUAAGAACAGCCCUGCUGGAUCAGGCCCAAGGCCUAACUAGUCCAGCAUUGUUUCCCACAGGGCCCACCAGAUGCCUCUGAGAAGCCCACACGCAAGAGCUGAGGGCAUGCCUUCUCUCCUGCCGUUGCUCCCCUGAAACGUAUUCAGAGACAUCUUGCCUUCGAGGCUGGAAGUGGCCUGUAGCCCUCCAACUAGUAGUCAUUGAUGGAACUGUCCUCCAUGAAUUUGUCUAAGCCCCUUUUAAAGCUUCUUUUUAAAAGGAAGUAAAUAGGGAGAAAACAGAUAGAUCAGAUCCCCACAUAUUUUUUUAUGAAUGGAAGAAAAAUAAGCUUAAGAAGAUGGAUUGGGUUUACAAAAAAAAUUCUUCCAACUCCAUCCCUGGCCAAAUGCAAUUAUUUUUUUAAAAAAUCAAUUUUUAAUUAUUAGAAAUAACUACAAUGCCAAUUAUAGAUUAUUUAAGUUAUUCUGUUAUUCAAGCACAGAAUGAUUAGACUUUGCAUAAUUAAAAAGACAUAUCCAGCUUUUCUUAAAUUAAUUUUUUUGGCUUUCCUUCUUUGACAUGCUCAAAAGCAUUCAGCGUAGCAUGACAGCAAUUUGCCAGAGUUUUGUUAUCCACUUUUCCACACUCAGUGUAUUUAUCACUUACCCAUUAUCUUCCAGCAACAUCCUUGUAUACACAAUCAUGUUAAACGUCAGUGUCAUUGUUGCAUAUAUACUGAUCAAUCCUUUCAAUGGUUCUCAUAAUUCUGUCCCAGAACUUCCUUGCUGUUGGACAGCUCCACCCCCUAGUGAAUUAAGCUCCUCUUUGCCUAUUACCCAAUCCCAAUUGUUCAUAUCCUCUACCCAACAUCCACAGGUAAAAAGGAUAUAAUAAAUGCUGGCCAAUGCAUCAUGUGAGCAAACUGGGUAUCUUCUGCUAAUACUCCCUCCACCACACUGUAGAAACCUGCAAAGUAUUCCAGCUUGUAAAUACCAAAGUUUCCACAUUGCUCAAAACAGCGGUCUUGUGGCACUUUAAAGACUAACAGAUUUAUUAUAGCAUAAGCUAUCAUGGACUAGAACUCACUUCCUCAGAUGCAUGAAGUGCUACCCCUUAGCUGACAGAUAUAUAGAUUUAUAUGUGUAUAUAUAUAUAUAUAUAUAUAUACACACGCCGCACACAUGCACACACACAUGGGUACAGAGGAAAGCAAAGGUUUUGUUAGCAGUGGGGCCAAAAGGCCAUGAAAUGCAAGGGUAGUGGUAUGUUAAUGAAUUUGUCACAAUUUCUUUUUUAAUAAACAUGGGAAACAUUCCCAAAAGCUGA